AUGAACUUAAUCACAUUUAGAAUGAAGAGUUCCUAAAUUGGAAUAAACAAUCAAUUUAUUAAGAUAAAAUUCAUAAGAAUUAAUUUAUAGUUGAAUUUUACAACAAAAGAAUAUGAAGAUUUCUAUGCUAAUUAAGUUAAUUAAUUAUAAUUAUCAAAUAAUAAAUUAGAUUGUAAGAUAGAAAACAAUAUAAAAUAGAUAAGAUUUUAAGACAGAUCUAAAUAAAAUUGGAGUUGAUAAUGAUAGAUUGAGAAGAGAAAAAGAGUACUAUGAGAGUAGAUAUAAAUAUUUACAUCAUAAAAUUGAAUAUCUAUAAAGAUUAAAAGCUGAAUCACUUUAAUAAGAUCCUUUGCUAGAAUUGAGAGGAGUGGAUUAAAAUAAAGUUAAUGAAGAAAUUGUUGAUUUGGAACAAUAAUAAUUGGUUUUAUAAGAUUAAUUAGCAAAAUUAUAAUAAUAAAAUGAAUAAAAGUAUAAAGAAAUUGAUGAUAUGCAUUAUUGA